AUGGAGGUUCCUUCAACAGAAGAGAGUGCAAUUAAACAAGAAAAGUCAUCAGGAAUCCAAAAGGGUGGUCUAAGAACCAUCCCAUUCAUCUUAGCAAAUGAAUCAAUUGAGAAGGUGGCAAGUUUUGGGUUACUUCCGAACAUGGUUUUAUACUUGAUCUCGGAUUACCAUAUGAGCGUUGCUCAAGGUUCAACCGUUAUCUUAAGUUGGUCAGCCGCUACCAAUUUCCUGACCUUCAUUGGUGCUUUUCUCUCUGAUUCCUUUCUUGGCCGAUUCCUCACCAUUUUUCUUGGAUCUAUCGUUAGUCUCCUGGGGAUGAUCCUUCUGUGGUUAACAACAAUGAUUCAUAGUGUAAAACCGCCCCAUUGUGAUCUAAGGGUGCCUCAGUCAUGUGAAUCACCGACAUUCAUUCAAUAUGCUUUUCUUUUUUUAGCCUUUGCUGUAAUGUCCAUUGGAGCUGGUGGUGUACGCCCGUGUUCCUUAGCAUUUGGGGCAGAUCAAAUUGACUGCAAGGAUAACCCUAAGAGAGAGCAGGUCCUAGAAAGCUUUUUUGGAUGGUAUUAUGCCACUGCUCUUGUGGGAGUCCUGAUUGGAUUUACUGCGGUUGUUUAUAUUCAAGAACAUAAUGGAUGGAGAGUCGGGUUUGGGAUUCCUGUUAUUCUUAUGAUCAUUUCUACUCUAUCCUUUGUUGUUGCUUAUCCUUUGUAUUACAAAAUGAAGGUUAAGAAAAGUUUGUUUACUAGUUUAUGUCAAGUGAUAGCCGUGGCGUGGAAAAAUAGAAAGCUCACACUACCCCGUUCAAGUGAUGCAGCCUGGUACAAUAAGAAUGAGGCAACCGCGACUGUACCUACAAAGAGAUUAAGGUUCUUGAAUAAAGCUUGCAUCCUCUGGAAACCCGAAGAUGCAAGCAAAGACCAAUGGAGCAUCUGCAAUGUAGAGCAAGUUGAAGAGCUAAAGGCGCUUGUUAGGGUGAUACCAUUAUGGUCAUCUAGUAUAAUGUUGUCUGCGGUGAUGCACCAAGUUACAUUUCCAGUCCUCCAAGCAAACACCAUGGAUAGACACAUCACUAAAAGCUUUCAAAUUCCGGCAGGCUCAUUUUCUUUAUUCACAAUCAUAACCAUAAUGGUCUGGGUUAUACUAUAUGACCGAGUGAUUCUCCCCUUAUUGUCAAAAAUUAAAGGGAAACCCGUAUACAUUAGUCCAAAACUAAGGAUGGGGGCAGGUCUCUUUUUCUCAAUUUUGGGUAUGUUGGUAUCUGGAAUCGUAGAACAUACACGAAAGAACAAAGCAAUUCAAGAAGGGUUCUUGAAUAAUUCUAAAGCGUUGGUCAACAUGUCAGCAAUGUGGCUUGUUCCGCAGCAUGUCUGUAACGGGCUAGCUGAUGCUUUGAAUAUAAUCGGUCAAAAUGAGUUUUAUUAUUCUGAAUUCCCGAAGAGUAUGUCAAGCAUUGCAUCGUCUCUUUACAUGUUUGGAUCCGCUUUUGGAAGCUUGUUAGCUAUAUUAAUACUAAACAUUGUCGAUGGACUUAGCAAAGGGAAGGGAAAAGAGAGUUGGGUUUCUACAGCUAUAAAUAAGGGUCACUAUGACAACUAUUAUUGGCUUCUUGCUAUAUUGAGUUGUAUAAACCUUUUGUAUUAUGUUGCAUGUAGUUGGACUUAUGGUCCGUGUGCAGAUACAACGGCGAUAAAGGUUGAGAAUAUCAACACUUCAGGCGAAGAAGAGGCCUCAAGAAGCUAA